UGUAUGUUAAUCAAACCUCGUUCAGACAAUAACGACAUGCUACGAUAUGUUGUACAAAUAAGAAACAAUAAAUAAACACAAAAUGUUGUUGUACACGGUUGUAGGAGGUUAUAUGUUAACGUCAAUGAUACUUUUUAAAUAUCCGACGUUGUUACACAAAAAGAAACAGGUGAAAUUUUUGUGCCAGCAUAUCAGUCAUAGAGGUGGAGCAGGAGAGGGGUAUGAAAAUACAAUGUACGCUUUUAAACGAGCUGUAGCAGUUGGAACAGAAAUGUUAGAAUUAGAUUGUCACCUUACAAAAGAUGGAGAAGUUGUUGUAUCACAUGAUCACAAUCUUUUCCGUUCUACUGGUGCAAAUAAAAAUAUAUCAGAAUUGAAUUAUAAAGAUCUACCUCUUUUAAAACCAUGCCUUCCAAUAGAUUUUGAUCCAGAUGCAGAAUAUAUUGGCACAGAAAAGGAGGAAGAUAGAAAAUUUGCUUUAUUGAAAGAAGUAUUUGAAGCAUUUCCCAAUAUACCAAUGAAUAUUGACAUCAAAGUUAAUGAUGAUCAACUUAUAACAAAGGUAUCAAAUUUAGUAAAGGAGUAUAAUCGUGAGGAUUAUACAGUAUGGGGUAACUUUAAUGAUGAAAUAACACAAAAAUGUUAUAAAACGAAUCCAAAUAUAAAUUUAUUAUUUUCUAUGAGACGUGUAACUCUAUUGAUAGUUUUUUUAUAUACUGGUCUAUUACCAUUUAUACCUCUGAAGGAAACACAUUUGGAGAUAUUUUUACCUUCCAUUUAUUUAAGGCGCAAAUGUCCAAUUCCUACAUAUUUACCUUUGGAAAAGAUAAUCAUACACACUAUUAGUGCACUACUAAUGAGACCAUGUCUGUUCAACCAUUUAAGAGCACGUGGAAUACAUGUUUAUUUUUGGGUCUUGAAUAGAGAGGAAGAAUUUCAGAAAGCUUUUGAUCUUGGAGCAUCUGGUGUAAUGACAGAUUAUCCUACAAAAUUAAAAUUAUUUUUGACAAAAUAUUCAGAUGAAUAAGAUGCUAAAUACCGCGAAUGAGAUAAAAAUGAAUAUAUGGCUAGAUACAUCAAUUAUUCAUUGAUUUACUUCCGAGAAAUACAGAUUCCAAACAAGUGCAUGUAAAACUUUGAUAAGAUAGCUAAAUGUUAUAA